CAAUGUGAUUGGAGUCUUCCCAGAUACGUAGUGCAGACACAGAACUUCCCUCACACCUCUCAGCCAGGACAAGAAGCCUCCAUCUUCCAUCGGGGACACGGAGGAGAACUUUCCCCUGAUUGUGGAUCCGAGAGGACCCCAACCAUAGAAGACUCAUCAGAGGAGCCAAGAGGGACCAUCCGAGAGGACCCCAACCAUAGAAGACUCAUCAGAGGAGACCCACAUCACCCUCCCGACCAGGACACCAUCACCCAGGUGGAUUGAUGAACCGACUUUUUGGACAGGCUUGUCUUAAAAAAUAAGUCAGAUGAGAAACGAGCCAUAUGAGUGUCGGAAAGUCUUUUUUGCAAUUCACUGGAAGAUUCACUCAGGAUUCAAGACAUAUCAGUGGUCUAAAUGUUGUAAGUGUUUUGGAGCCUCUUCAAGAUUGAUCCAUUCUCAGAGGACAACAAGAGAAAAGUAAUUUCAGUGUUCUGGAAGUGACAAUGGCUUUACAAUAAAGUCCAACCCAUGUAUACAUAAGAGGAGUCCUUUCAGAAGAUAUUUCUUGUUUGCAAUGGGAUAAAGGUUUUACAAUGGAGGCAAAACGUAUCACACACCAGAAGGUUCACACUGGAGAGAAGCGAUAUCAAUGUUCUGAAUGUGACAAAGCUUUUACAUAUAAGUCAAGUCUUAUCAGACACCAGAAGAUUCACACUGGAGAGAAGCCAUAUCAGUGUUCUGAAUGUGACAAAGCUUUUUAUACCAAGAAAGAGCUUAUCAUACACCAGAGGGGUCACACUGGAGAGAAACCCUUUCAGUGUUCUGAAUGUGACAAAGCUUUUUAUACCAAGAAAGAGCUUAUUAUACACCAGAGGGUUCACACUGGAGAGAAACCUUUUCAGUGUUCUGAAUGUGAUAAAACGUUUACACAGAAAUCAAGUCUUAUCAAACACCAGAUGACUCACACUGGAGAGAAGCCAUAUCAAUGUUCUGAAUGUGACAAAGCUUUUACAUAUAAGUUAAAUCUUAUCACACACCAGAAGAUUCACACUGGAGAGAAGCCAUAUCAAUGUUCUGAAUGUGACAAAGCUUUUUAUACCAAGAAAGAGCUUAUUAUACACCAGAGGGUUCACACUGGAGAGAAACCUUUUCAGUGUUCUGAAUGUGAUAAAACUUUUACACAGAAAUCAAGUCUUAUCACACACCAGAAGACUCACACUGGAGAGAAGCGAUAUCAAUGUUCUGAAUGUGACAAAGCUUUUACACAUAAGUUAAGUCUUAUCAGACACCAGAAUAGUCACACUGGAGAGAAGCCAUAUCAAUGUUAUGAAUGUGACAAAGCUUUUUAUACCAAGAAAGAGCUUAUUAUACACCAGAGGGUUCACACUGGAGAGAAACCUUUUCAGUGUUCUGAAUGUAACAAAGCUUUUACACACAAGUCAAAUCUUAUCACACACCAGAAGAUUCACACUGGAGAGAAGUCAUAUGAGUGUUCUGAAUGUGGCAAAUCUUUUACAACAAAGAAAGAUCUUAUCACACACCAGAGGGUUCACACGGGAGAGAAGCCGUAUCAGUGUUCUGAAUGUAACAAAGCUUAUAAAACAAAGUCACACCUUAUCAGUCACCAGAUGAUUCACAUGUGAAAGAAGCGGUAUGAGUGU